AUGGGAACUUGGGGUAAAGUGAGAAGGAGAAAAGGAGAUUUCCGGCAAGAUUUUGGUGGUGGUGCUUGUGGCCAAAGUGAUUUCCGGCGUCUCAUUCGUGGUGGUGCAAACAAGAUGUCUGAAAGUUCUGAUAGAGAAAGUCAUGACCCCCUUGCCUUUGGUGGGGAAGAUACUGAAAGUGAAGAGCCUAGCCAAUAUGUUUAA